AUGAUCUCCAGGCUGUAUCUCCUUUAUGCCGUGCUUCUGACGUACCUACAGGUCGCCCAUGUGGUAUGGGCCCAAACCCCGUCGUUUGCGGUGCCGACAACAUGGAAGAGGUACAACCUCGCAACGGCGAUUAUCGACACCGUCAAGGGGCUCUUCAAUGCCAGUGACGGGGUUAUAGACGAACUCGGGUUUUCAGACACGAGCAGCAUGCUCAUCGCGAUAUCCUUGAUGGAUCGUAUCAAUGGCACCAGCUUAUAUCAGGAUUUGGUCAUUAACAGUUUGACUACGGCGAUAAACCCCAGUCCUCCUACGUCCACGACUGCACUAGCACUUGCCACGUCGAUAUGGGAGCAGCUGUACGUUUACUUCAUUCAGCCGUCGGAUGCGGCGCAGGGGAGCCAUGCCACCAGAAACGUACUAAUCGCGUCUACUUGCAACGGAUUAACUACAGCUGGCGGGCUCUUCUACUUUAGCGGGACUAAUCAAACCAACACAGAUGUGAAUGUAGAGACGCUCGGGGCCUUUAUGGCGCUGUCUUCGUACUUAGCCACAGCUACCUCCAAUCAAACUUACGCGACAGCAGCGGAACUGUCUGCGGAAUUUAUAUGGAACCAGCUAUACAACGGCAUGAUAAUCAUGGACACAAUCACGGUGGCGAACUGCGCGACCAACGACGUGACGCUCUCGUACAAUUCAGGCAAGACUAUCGAGGGUCUCGCUGAUUUGGCCCAGAGGAAUUCCGUAUGGACGUCUCGUUUGGAGUCACUUGUCUCAGCUGUAAUCCCCUUCCCUGAUUGGACCGCAAGCAAUGGAACAAACAGCGAAGGUACACUCCACCUUCAUCAUGCCGAGCGUGGUAUUGAUCCUGCGAUCUCAGACCAGGUAGAUCCACAGGACGUGGAACAGUCGUCCUUCUUGCAUUCUACGAAGGCAUUCCUUAUUCGAGGUUUAUACGCCGCUUGGAACCAUACUGACCCCACGUCUGACAUGGCGAAGUUAAUUGAAGCAUAUAUCACUGUUCAAUAUAAUACGCUGCAAGAUCUUGCCACAUCCCCUGGCACCAAUAUGUAUUCCUCGGCUUGGUCCGGCCCUCCUAUCCCAGUGCUUGUACCAUGGGGUCAACUAGAUGCAUUGGAGGUGAUGAGGUCGGAAUUUGGGUUCGCGCUAAAGCAACCAACGACCCUCACAUCGCAGACCUCAUCGACUUCUCCUGAAUCGAUGUCUUCUACAUCGACCACGACCUCAACACGUUCCCCUUCCACACAAACUGCAGAACCGAGUCAUAAACAAUCAGAUGUUGCGGCUAUUGUUGGAGGCACGGUCGGAGGAGUUGUUUUCCUAGCCUUACUCGUGGCAAUCCUUUUGAUCUGCCGCAAGCGUCGCAAGCAGGACGAAGAAGAAACCAUUCGUCAAAAAAUGGAGUUCGCGCCAGUGCCUUACACGCCGGACUUGGCCACGCUGAGCAUGGCCCCCGCUUCUUCUACGCCACCAACAAGCACGACCACACUUCGUGCGUUCGCGAGCAAGCCAACGUACCUGAGAAGCACCGCGAAACAAAUACCCGACAGCGCUCUGCGAGCAAACGAGGAAGAAGCCGCCUUCGUGGAGCAACCGAUGUCUCCAGGCGUCUCUCAGCCUAGCGGCUCAGAAGGCCCCAGUACUGCGAGCCCGCAUCCGGCGGCGAGUCCUACGAGCAACCCUCAAGAUGCCGACGAGCCCGAGCAUGAUUUAACCGCGUUACUCGCCCAGCUCUCCAAUAUACUUGCGACGGCUCCGCACACUCAAGGAGAUGCACCUCCGGCGUAUGAUGACUAGGGUUUUCUGGACAUUUGAACUUGUCUGUAAUUGGUUUUUUGGCCCGGUGACAUAUCUUUCGAACGUUGAAGUACCUAGCCAGAUUUUCUUGGUUCGGGACGGACGUUAUCAGAAAUCAGCCAGUCUGCUGUCAUUUAGGGACAAUUAUGUCUACUUUCCUUUAUCACGGGAUGGUGAUCCACGAAGACAGCCUGCGGUUAGCUGUCGCCGUCAUGAGCUACUUGGUACGAACCUGGGCAGAU